AUUUUUAAUAAAAAGUUUUUAAACAUUAAAUUUUAUUUUUAUAAAUAUAUAUGUAUUUGAAAAAUGUUUGAUGUGUGUAUCAACAAAAUAUGUGUACAUGCUAAUUAGAAAAUUACCAAUUUUAAUUAUAUUUGAUUAAAAAAAUAUCCGGAAACAUGGCUAGGGAGUAUGAUCAUUUAUUCAAACUUCUUAUCAUUGGUGAUAGUGGUGUUGGUAAAAGUUCACUAUUGUUGAGGUUCUCGGACAAUACAUUUAAUGGUAGUUAUAUUACAACUAUUGGAGUUGAUUUCAAAAUAAGGACGGUUGAAUUAAAUGGCGAAAGAGUUAAAUUACAAAUAUGGGAUACAGCUGGUCAAGAACGUUUUAGAACGAUUACAAGCACAUAUUAUAGAGGCACACAUGGUGUUAUUGUCGUUUAUGAUGUUACCAAUGGUGAAUCCUUUGCAAAUGUUAAACGAUGGCUUCACGAAAUUGAACAAAAUUGCGAUGUUGUAAACAAAGUAUUAGUUGGAAAUAAAAACGAUGCACCAGAACGAAAAGUAGUGUUAACAGAAGAUGCAAAACGAUUUGCGGAUCAAAUGGGUAUUGAAUUAUUUGAAACAUCCGCAAAAGACAAUCUUAAUGUUGAGGAAAUGUUUCUAAGUGUUACAAGACAAGUAUUAAAAUCAAAACAAGAAUUACGCGAAAGGCAAAACAUUAAUGCACCAGAUACAUUUAAAAUAAAUAGUCGUAGCAAACCAGGCAAGAAACGGUGUUGCUAACCAACGUUCCAACGUGAUUUUUUGGUUUUAUAUCUAUUAUAAAAGAAAAACAAACAAAUUUAUCA